ACGGGAAGCAAUACAAAGAGUGGCCCUGGAAAUCCAUUUGCUCGCUUUUUGGCUUUGCCUGUAAAGUGGGGAGAAAGUUCAGCCUGCGGAAGGUAAGAGAAACCACGAGUGAUCCAGAUUUGCUUGAAUUGUUUGGUUAAGGAUGUGGACCCAUGCUAUUGGCUUCACAGCCUUGCCCCAUCUUGGUGGAUUCCUUGGCUGGCUCAUUACCCGGAAGGAAGUGCCUACAUGGUAUGAAACUCUGAAGAAGCCUUCAUGGCGGCCGCCUAAUAAAAUAUUCCCAGUUGCUUGGACAACACUGUACACUAGCAUGGGCUAUACUUCAUACCUGGUGUGGAGGUACCUUGAUUGCUUCAGCAGUAAAGCAGUUGUCCCACUGGGCCUCUAUGGAGCUCAGCUUGCCUUGAACUGGAUGUGGACUCCUAUAUUCUUUGGUGCUCAUAACCUAAAACUGGCACUGCUGGAUGUUGUGGGUCUAUAUAGGUUGGUGCUGUACUCCUGGUACCCUGUUAACAAGACUGCAACUGCAUUGAUGCUGCCUUACCUUGCCUGGCUGACCUUAGCUUCUUGUCUCACCUACUGCAUACGGAGACACAAUCCAGAAAAGGGCAAGAAGAAAAAAUGAGAAAAUUUUGCAAAAGGGAAAUUGUUUGGUGGAAUUGUUUGAUCCUGAGAGUUGGUAUUAGGGAAAGGAGUUAUUUGG